AAUCGGAUGGGUAGCGAUCAAUGUGCGAUUGAACGUUUCGAUUAAAAGGUGUGCUGCCGCGAGGGAAAGCCUGUGAGCCGUGUCUCAUUCGCCGAGGACUUCCAAGUUAUUAAGUGUUCCCGCGGUAUAGAGUGACUCUACUGUGAUAAAGCAGGAAACGUAGGGGAAACUCCUUCCGAAGAACGAACAAGCGUAAACUGUGCCCUCCCUGUGGGAUCGAACGAAUUACUUCAAUUAGUGCGAAACGGUGAAGAGCAAGACUAGUUUUGCGUGAUAACGGUGGAAAAGUGGUUGAAAUUCGGUUGCGAGUGAGAACGACUGCACAGCGUGAUAGGAGCGAAAAUGAAGCUUUUGGUACUGUUCGUCCUUCCAUUAGCGUUGGUGUACGCGGGAACGGAAAAAGGCUCCAGGGCGGUGGAAAGUUCAAACACGAAGCAGCUAACACCGACGGACGAACAGUUCCAGCAGCUGGGCACCAAGAAGGAAAAGCGAGGCAUCUUUGGUUUCGGUGGCUAUGCGCCGGCCGCCCCCGUGUACGGUCACGCCUUUGCCCAUCACGUCCAUCAGCAUCUGCUGCCUGCCGCGGAUCCAUUUGCACCGGCCGUAGCACUGGCUGCCCCUGCUGCUGUGCCUGCCCUUGCCGGUCCGUACCUUGGAUCCCAUGCGCACACGCACACCGUCGUAACGAAGAAGGUCGGCAUCCCCAUACCGGCCCCGUACGCUGUGCCGGUCGAGAAGCCGUAUCCAGUGCCAGUGAAGGUUCACGUGCCAGUGCCGAUCGAUCGUCCGUACCCAGUGGCCAUCCCGAGACCGUAUGCUGUACCGGUGGAAAAACCCUACCCGGUGCCAGUCGAUCGUCCGUACCCGGUGGCCGUGCCACAUCCCGUUCCUGUGCCGGUAAUUAAGCACGUGGGCUACCCUGUCCCGGCGCCGGUCCCGGUUGCCAUUCCGAAGCCGGUGCCCGUGCCCGUCCAUACGCCGUACGUCGUGGAAAAGCCCGUCGUUGCUGCCGUUGCCCCGGACCCAUGGGCUACCGCGAAGCUGUGGUAAAUGCGUAGAACUGUUUGCAUUAAGCUAAGGUAGACGAUUACUUUUAACUACUCAACCAAAUAUAAAUCUAUUAAGAUUGUCCUGAAACGAUCGCGGCACGAUAUGCGUGCAGUAGGUACUAGGUAGGAUAAUUGAUACGAAUAAAUUAUUUAUCUACGCUUUAAAUUUUAAA